AUGCCAGAAUCCAAUAAGUUCACGUUACUUGAGUUGCAAGAUCAAGAUAAGAUCGAUUACACUAGAUCACAUUGUUCACAAACAUGGAAAGGUAUAUUAUCAUCUAAAGAUUUCAUUUUGAGAGAAUAUGUUUUGUCAAAUAGUGAGAUGGGAAGACCUUAUGCAGCAUUUAUGUUGAUAAAUGUAGCCAAUGAGAGGUUAUGCUCUUGUGAAGUUGUAUUCAGAGAGGGUCAUAGAAUUGAGAACGGAAACGGAAAAACUUCUACCACUGCAGCUAAAGUGGCAUCUGUUGGAGCUGUUUUCACUUACACGGAACAUAGACGUAAGGGGUAUGCUAAAAUCAUGUUGAAUAAAGUGAUUGAGAAAUUACAUGACAUGAACAUUGACUUCUCUAUAUUACAUUCAGAAGUAGGUGAAUAUUAUUCAAAUUUUGAUUAUGUGUCAUUUCAUGUUCCUGUGUUGCAAAAACUGGUGACUCAUAAACCACAAACUUUGAAAGAUAUUAGAGAUGAGUACAAAUUCAACAAUGAAACUUUGAAGUUGGUAUCAUAUCACGAAUUUAAACCUUUGAUUGAUAUAUACAACAAAUAUACUACUGAGAGGAUAGAAAGUUAUAAUGAUAAUAAAACCAGAGUCACAAUUGACAUCAAUGAACAUAUCGUAGAUUGGUUUCAUUUGAGAUCAAAAUAUGUUCAUUACCAAGCAUUCAAUGAAGAAAAGCCAGAUAUCGAUUUCAGUGAUCCUAAACAUACGGUAGAAGUGUUUAAAAAUUUGAAACCGGAAAAAUUUGGUAUGACUCUUGAAAUCGAUGGGCAAUUUGUAGGUUAUGUUAUUUGGACCUAUGAUUGGGUCGAAUCUCAUAACUAUGUCACAGUUUUGAGUCUUUUCACCAUCCCAGGCUAUGAAGAUCAAAAAGCCAAAAUGAUAACCUAUUUGGAAGACUACUUAUCAUUAUUGAAUUCCCAAACCGCACAAAAAUUCACUCAAUUAAAGGUCUGGGGAAGUGAAAUUUCCAAUGAAAUGUUCAAGGGGGAGGAAAUCGUCAAUUCAAGUCUUUCAGCUAUCAGAAUGUUCAAUGAAGAGGACCAGAAGAAGUUGAUAAGUGGUGAACUUGUAUGGGAGAAUAAUAAUAAACUUUCAUGGUAUUAA